AUUAUUUUGAAGGAUUUGUUGAUAAAAAAAUUUUGAGGCCUUAAUUAGUGUGUUUCUGCUCAUAAAUGAUUGUUAAAGACUUUUCUAAAUUGUCGCUAUUAAUAAUUUUAAAACUUAUUCUGCAGAAUACCCAGUUCCUCAAAGGCCCAAUAGUUGAAUCUUUACUAAUUUACUCUAUCAAAACCACAAUCUUUCCUAGCUGCGUGCAUCUGAAUUGUAACAGAGUAUAACUCAUACAGACAAUAUCAUGAAAUGAGCUAUCCUGGGUAUGUAGUAUUUACUGAUGUAACAAUUAGAUGACAAUACGCUGUGACUAACAAGUUUUGACAUCACUAAAUAAAUUUUUUGACUGUUACUGUCGGUCAUGUGUUUAAGUGGAGGCUUGAUAACAGUGGCUUAUGGUAUCAGCAGUUGAAAGUACUAUUAUCGGUAUAGAGGUUUGCGGCGAUUAUUGAGCCUUAUUGAUAUUUUGAACCGACCUAAGUUAGACCACCAGUGUUGCGUUAGGCUUGUUAUUGUUUGUAUUUGUCGGUUUGUCUGUUGUUGUUGUUUUUUAAAAUUCUAAUAUUCCCUUUAAUAUUUUUCUCGUUAAAUAAUAUAACUUCAACUUAACUAAACACUAACACCUUAUUUACUUAUCAGUAUAAGGGUUGUGGAGAUUAUUAGGUUUUUGAUUGAGAUCAUGAACUGAUUGAUGUUAGACCACCGUUGGAAACCUGAAAGCACGGUGGUUCAUGAUCUCAAUCAAAAACCUUAUUUACUCUUGUCUACUUGGUAACGUCUCAUUGUGAAUUCAUUAGAAAGAAAAAAAAAUUAGAAAAAUGAAAUUCUUUUGAAAUCAAUCGAUAAUUUGUAACCUUUUAAUGUUGAAGUAUAAGUAAAUUUCACCCUGGUUCUGUACUUUAAAUGAAUAAUAUUCAAACACUUCGUUGUUUGGCAAAUUGUAGUUUUCUCUAAUCGAAUAACAAAAAAACUUGAAAAAUUAACAAGGAACUCCUGCCUAUUAAAUGUUAUUUAAAAAAAAAUUAUUAUGAAUGCUGGGAUAAUCUUUAAGAGUAAAAGAUAAAUAAAAUGGAAAAUUUCAUUAACAGAAUCAUAUUUAAUUAGAAUAUUAUCUUAUAUGUAUGUACACAUCCACAAUGAUUCAGUAACGUGAAGAUGGUAUUCGUUAUCAACUGAUUUCGAGGUACCAUUAAAAAAUCCGAAGGAAGAUACCCAUCAAAAAGAUCAAUGGAACUGGUGAAUACCGUGACUGAGGUUAAUUUAUGAUGAGUACCAUUUACAGAUUAAAUUCAAUCUUCUCAAAACUUAUCAUAAAUAUUGUAAUUAUUUCCCUUUUUUCAAAUUAAAUUCUAGAGAUGUGACUAUAUUAUUUAUUAUGAAACUAUAGUUUGUUGCUUUUCAAACAGAUUUGAUCUGAAAGACCAGUAUAUGAACACAGUAUAAAGAAUAGUCUAUUUCACUCGUAUUUAUUGGUGCUAAUAAUGGCAUGAUCUGAAUAUUUAAUUCACAUUCAGUACGAAGACUUAUAUCUAAUAUGUAUGACGUAAUAAGAUAUCUUAUGGUUAAAACUAUGUACGCAAUGAAUAUCCACUAGUUAAAUCGAUUUUCAUGCAUAUGACGUAACAUUUUCAACUACCUAAUUUGUCGACAGUUAAAUCAUGGACUUACUUCAGUUAGACAUCUAGUAGAAACCAGCUGUCUUUUCUUAGUACUGGACUCUUCAAUAAUGCCCACCUCACAAACCCUUCAGGGUUUGAAUCCGAUACCGUCAUGCCACACAACGAGUAUUUUACUACUAAACUCUGACAUCCAAUGGUUCAUAUUCCCGACUUCAGUCAAUUUGUGAUCAUCAUCCACUCCUAUUGUAAAUCAAUCUAUGUACUGAUAUGGUCAAUUAGGUCAUAAUGAAUCAACUAUCGGCAUAUCUGUACCACGUAAAAUUACUGAAUUUAUGGGUAAUGUUGUCACUCAAAUAGCUUGUGGUCGAUUUCAUACAUUGGCGCUAGUUCCCAAAACUGGUCGAUUAUUUGCAUUUGGUCAAGGCGCUAAUGCACAACUUGGUAUGGGCGAUACAACAAAUCGUUUAUUACCUUGUCCAAUUAAAGGACACUGGGUUUCAUCUCAUAAAUUGAAUAGUAAAGAGUCUGCUGUUGGUACCGAUUUUUCUUCCAGUAAACCUUAUGUAAUUCGACGAAUAUUCUCCGGUGGUGAUCAUACUUAUUUGUUAGCUCAAAUGUAUCAAACUGGUGAAAUUGUGGAUGCUGAUGAUUUGCGCAAUUGGAAUCGUUCAUCAUUGCAAUCAAUUCUUACUGUUUGUCCUGAAAUUGUAGAACAACUUAGAAGUGCUCAUACUGCACUAGCACUUCCACCUCCAAUUUCUCGAUGUAUAUCACUUUCUUCAUCUCGUCCAUUAACAUCUCUCAGUUCUACAUCAAAUGAACCAAUGGCAAUUGUUUCAAAGGUUGAAUCUGUAUAUUCCUCUUUAGGUUGUUUAUCAGCAAGUUGUCUUGAAGAAAAGGAGCCAAACAGUCAUUUUAAAACAGGCCGAGAGGAACACGGUGUAGAUUUAGACUUAGCUUGCACAUUACAGUCACAAAUUUUUCAUAUUCUACCGAAAAGAGAUUUAAAACGCUUGAUUAACAAACUAUUGGAUGAUGUGUUGUCAACAUCACGUCUUAACUAUCCUAGUAUUGAAUGUCUCCGAGGUCUCAUGUUUCUCGCUGUAUCUGAUUUACUAAAUAUGCCUCGAAAACCAAUUAUAGACGAAGCAGUCCCUGACGUGAACAAAAUGGAUAUAACUUCAGAAAUGAAUACAAAUUUUGAACCGUAUCCUGUUCUGAGCGCAGGAUUUUCUACUCCUGGUUUAGUUUUGAAUGCUUAUUCAGUUGCUAUCAACAGACUUGAUCCAGCGCCUUCGAAAAUAUUAGAUCGGUGGUUUACAAAAAUGCAACCACGUUAUUUGAAAAAAUUAGUCCUGAAUUUGAAUAAUUUAAUUUCAUAUAUAUUGGACAUGCAACCAGCUUCAGCGUACAGUCAACGUAAAUUAAAAGAAGAAAGCAUUCGUCAAGCAUUGGAAUUUAUGAAACGUUUACAUCGAGUUAAUGAAAAUCAUCCUAAUCCAAUCUCUUAUAAUAGUUUUUAUCUCCCAUCGUUAAAAGAUAAAAUUAAUAUAGGAAGCGCAUUCGUAAAUUGGUUACAAGAAUGUAAUUCCGGUGGAAUGCGUUUCUUUUCAUUCUGCGAUUAUCCAUUUGUAUUUGACGCUGCAUCCAAAGCUGAAAUGCUUAACAUUGAAGCUCGUUUAACAAUGCAACAAGCUAUGUCACAAGCGCAACAGUCUGCCAUUUUUCAAAGUUUACUCUCACCAUUUAUUGGUUCACGUAUGUAUGAUGGCAGUACAACAUCACCGUACUUCACCAUUAUUGUUAGACGUGACAAUAUUCUUCAAGAUACACUUUCUAAUUUGACAAUGGCUAAUCCAGCUGACUUCAAGAAGUUACUUAGGGUGAAAUUCGAAAAUGAAGAAGCGGUAGAUGAAGGUGGUGUAAUGAAAGAAUUUUUCUUAUUAGUUAUGCGAGAUUUACUCAAUCCUGUAUAUGGAAUGUUUCGUUGUUACUCAGAAUCUCGAAUGUUAUGGUUUAGUGAAUCGACAAUGGAAAGUGAAAAUGUCUUCCUAAUGGUCGGUAUUCUAUGUGGUUUAGCUAUUUACAAUUCCAUUAUUGUCGAUUUAAGUUUUCCACUAGCGAUGUUUCGUAAAUUGCUAGGUGAAACACCGGGAUUAGAUGAUCUAAAAGAAUUGGAUCCAAUUGUUGGUCGUUCUUUACAACAAUUACUGGAUUAUGAUAAUGCGGAUUUGGCUGAUGUGUUCUGUUUGAAUUUCACUGUUACAAUUGAUUAUUUUGGUGUCAAUAAAAUUAUCCCCCUGAUGGAAGAUGGUGAAAAUAUAAUUGUCACUCAAGAGAAUAAAAGUUUAUACGUUGAAAAAUAUGUUGAAUAUGUAUUUCAGAAAUCAUGUGAAACACCUUAUAAAGCGUUUGAAAAAGGAUUUCUUCAAGUUUGUGGUGGUUAUUCAUUAAAAUUGUUUCAACCAUCUGAAUUACAGUCUUUAGUUGUCGGUUCAGAAGUCGUAAACUGGGAUGAACUUCGUCAGAAUACAACAUAUCAAGGUGUCUACUGGGAUCGACAUCAAGUGAUUAUAUGGUUCUGGGAUGUAUUAUUGUAUGAUUUUACUAUUGAAGAGAAAAAGAAAUUUUUACGUUUUCUUACUGGUUGUGAUCGUGUACCAAUUGUUGGUUUUAGUGGUGUAAAGAUUACAAUUCAACCAAAUAAUAGUGGUGAUGAUUUUUUACCUGUAGCGCAUACAUGUGCUAAUCUAUUAGAUUUACCACAAUAUAGUUGUAAAGAGAUAUUAGCUAAGAAAUUAUCACUAGCUAUUCAACAAACAGAAGGUUUCGGUUUAGUUUGA